UUCAUUCUUUUAUUUUGCUUUGUAACUUGUUAUUGUUUCCUCUUGCUGUCGCAGAAACUAAGAAGCAGUUGUAGAGUAAUGCGCUGGGUACGAGACGGCUGUUGGUUACCUUUCAACUAUGAGCAGCUGCUCCACCCUUGUACAUUGCAUUUCUAUGUGCCGAAGAGGAGAAGCGAUUUUUUACCAUACGGAGUGCAGAACAUAUAUACCUGCUCAGAGGCCUACAAUCCGGACAAACUACGUGACGACCUCAUCAGCUCCCCCAAUGUACUUCCCUCUGAUGAAAAGCCGCGGCGGGAUGACCCUUCCGCUGCCGCCGAUCACCUUCCACAGCUCGUCCCUGAACCCCAAGUCCAUCGCCACGUCACGCUCCUGGAACGCCACCCUGAAGAUCUGCAGCAGGAACCGGAUCGAGCGGCAGUCCUCGAAACGUCUUCCGUAUGGACCUUAAGCUUGUGGUGUAGAGGAUCACGGCCUCCGCUCCACCUGGCGGAUACCUCGCCGCCGCUGCCGCCACCUGGGUGUCCACGUCAUCAUCACCGUCAUGGGGUGCUUCUGCCUCUUUGGUUUCUGGAGUGGCGGUGGAGAAAAUUGUGGUGGUGGUUGUUUUCUUGAGAUGGUAAGUUUGAUCUCUUACCAUAUCAAUUACAAUUGUCUAUUCCUUAUUUUAUUGUAUUCCAAUGAUCACUUACCAUCUCAAGAAAACAACUGUCAUUUUGUAUUCCAAUUGCAAUUUUUUUAUUGAGUUCAGAUAACUACUGUCAUUUUGGUUUUUGACUUUGUUAAAAUUAUUGUUUAAUGAUGUUGCCGUGUAAUUGAUUUUCCUUUUCUAUAUUAAGCUUUUGCCUAAAUCAAAACAAUAAAGAAAAGAAUCCCACGUCCUUAAUUAAAUAAAAAUCUUAAAAAUUAUUCAGGCCCAUUUCGUGUAAUUGAUUUUCCUUUUUAUAUUAAGCUUUUGCCUAAAUCAAAACAAUAAAGAAAAGAACCCCACGUCCUUAAUUAAAUAAAAAUCUACAAAAUUAUUCAGACCCAUUAAACAUUCAGACCCAUAAUUAUACACAGCAAAAACAGAAACAUGUUUUCUGCAUUAAAAAUUUAAAAAGGAAAAAGACAAAGGACCUCUUCCUCCCUUUGCGCAGAAGCCUGGAAAAAGUGAAUGGGGUGGGUCUUCGCUGGGAACCUCCAUAUAUUGAUUGGAGGAUUUGUAUAUGUAUAUUCUGGUUGAACAAAAAUCAUAUUGGUAUUGAACGAAAAUAAUAUUUGUAUAGAAUCAAAUACAUAUUCAUAUUAAAUAAAAAUCAUAUUUGUAUUGAACAUAAAUACACAUUAGAAUACAUAUUCGUAUUGAAC